CAAAGAUCACACAAUAAAAGGUAAAUGAAAGCACAAUGAUAAGAAAAAGUCUGCCUUUUAAUAAUGAAUUGGAAUGAAGCAUUUGUGUGUUGAACAUGUGGCAUGCUGUGGGCAGGGGCAGACUGACCAUUCGUGCACUCGGGCACUGCUCGAGGGCCCAGGGUCAGUAGGGGGCCCCAUGAGAUGCCCCUGAUACCUUUUUCAUAGGCUUUUUUGAGUUUGGGCAAGGACACAGGGGCCCCAUGAUACCCUAUUGCCCGAGGGCCCCAU